AAAGUACAACAUGUUCGCCUCUCGUGCCCUGUCCAACGCUGCCCGUACCGUCUCGGAAACGACGUACACCUAUAGCCGG